CCCCCGCAGCCAGGCUGAAGCCCGAGCACGUGGGCGAGCCGGCUGGGGGCGGCGGGAGGCUUUCCCUGCAGCGACAGGUGCGGCCGGCUGGACCGCCUCCUUCCGGGCGCCGGGCGGCACCGCCCUCGCCACUUUCCCGGCUGUCCUGACCGGGACAACGGCCACCUUGGGGCGGAAGCCAGAGUGGAUUUUCCAGAGAAGAAGGCGAAGUCGGGAGGCGCACCGAUAAAAUAAUGCCUUAGGAUUUCCAAAUGUCCAACACCUUAAAGGUGUGAAAACCCCAAAUGUCGUCAAGUGAUGGAAGGUCCAGGAUUCGGGACAGGGGCUACAGUGAGGUUCCAGGGGACAUUCCUGGUCCAGAUGGUACCAUAAGAACCCUCCAGUCCCUUCAGAGCAGUGAGCUGGCUCUGAGCGCAGAUCCUUUGCCGCCUCCCCCUCUCCCAUUACAGCCACCAUUCGGCCCGAGCUUCUCCUCAAGUGACACAGAGGAACCAGCCGUAGCACCAGACCUCAAGCCGGUAAGGCGCUUUGUCCCCGACUCCUGGAAGAACUUCUUCAGAGGAAAGAAAAAGGAUCCAGAAUGGGAUAAGCCGGUGUCUGAUAUCAGAUACAUCUCGGAUGGUGUGGAGUGCUCACCUCCGGCCUCUCCAGGGAGACCGAACCACUUCCCACCCAGUUCUUACAAAGAUCCUUCUGGAGGGUCGGAAGGUGCCUUCAGCUCCCAGCGCGGGGCAGAUGCCAUGUUUCCCCAGGACCCCUACGCAUCCCUAGACCGGCGCACACAGACGGCCCGGACCUACAGCGAGAAGGUGGAGGAGUACAAUCUGCGAUAUGCCUACAUGAAGUCGUGGGCAGGCCUGCUGAGAAUUCUGGGUGUGGCCGAACUGCUUCUGGGGGCUGGCGUCUUCGCCUGUGUCACGGCUUACAUCCACAAGGACAACGAGUGGUACAACUUGUUUGGGUAUACACAGCCCUAUGGCACAGCGGGUCUGGGCGGCACCUAUGGGGGUUAUUACUACAGUGGCCCCAAGACCCCUUUCGUACUCGUGGUGGCUGGGUUGGCUUGGAUCGCCACUAUUAUUAUUCUGGUGCUGGGCAUGUCCAUGUACUACCGCACCAUUCUUUUGGACUCUAACUGGUGGCCCCUGACGGAGUUUGGCGUGAACGUCGCCUUGUUUAUCCUGUACAUGGCCGCAGCCGUCGUCUAUGUGAAUGACACCAACCGAGGCGGCCUGUGCUAUUAUCCAUUAUUUAACACGCCGAUGAAUGCAGUGUUCUGCCGGGUAGAAGGAGGUCAGAUCGCAGCAAUGAUCUUCCUGUUUGUCACCAUGAUAGUGUACCUCCUCAGCGCCCUGGUCUGUCUAAAGCUCUGGAGGCACGAGGCAGCCCGGAGGCACCGGGAAUUCAUGGAGCAGCAGGAGAUAAAUGACCCGUCAUUGUCAUCAAAAAGGAGAAUGUGCGAAGUGGCCACCAGUGACGGGCAGAGAGACCAAGAAGUUAAUUUCAAAGAGUCGAGAACAGUGAAAACGACCCCUGAGCUUCAAAGCGGGCACAUCCCUCCGGGCUACAUUCCCAAGCCCAUCGUGAUGCCUGACUAUGUGGCAAAAUAUCCUGUGAUUCGGACGGAUGACGAUCGAGAACGUUACAAAGCUGUGUUCCAAGACCAGUUCUCAGAGUAUAAAGAGCUGUCUGCGGAAGUGCAGGCCAUCCUGAGGAAGUUCGAGGAGCUGGAUGCGGUGAUGAGCAGACUGCCACGUCAUGCUGAGAACCCCCAGGAACACGAGAGAAUUUCAAGAAUCCAUGAAGAGUUUAGGAAGAAAAAGAAUGACCCUUCAUUUCUGGAAAAGAAGGAGCGUUGUGAUUACCUCAAGAACAAACUUUCUCACAUAAAGCAAAGAAUUCAAGAGUAUGAUAAAGUAAUGAACUGGGAUACGCAAGGAUAUUCUUAGCCCGUUUGAAGCUGUUCUUAUAGUCAACCGUUUCUUCACUGCCUUUAUAUGCUGGUCUCAUGGGUGAGAAUCUGGCUCUUCCAGGUCAGCUUCUGCUAGGUUUAACAUCCGAGGUUAAACGCUGUGAUCUUACUCAAACAUUUCAAACCCACCUAGAGCCUUUCCUGAGACUGGAGAGACGGUAUAUUCCUCUGAUUCCAGUUUAAGAUGCUGGGUUGAUAGAGCAGCUGCCCAGCCUGUGUGAAGGUUCAGUCCCAGCACUGAGUAAACAGUGCAUUCUGUUUAAUGCCUGGGAGGCAGGAAGAUAAGGAGUUCAAAGUCAACCUUUGUGCAGUGAGUUCAAAGCCAGCCUGGACUGUGUGAAGUCCUAUCUUGAAAAAUGAAAAUAAAUUUAAAAAAAAUUAAGAUGGAGAAGAAAAGCACUACUUCUGGUUUCUUUCUAUUCAGCAGGAUCUAGCCAAUUAUUUCCCUGAUAGAAUUAUGGUUUCUGCCUCAUAUAGCUUCCAUUCAGAUAAUUGAUUAAUGUCCAAAGGAUUUUACAUAGUGGAGAAACCAGAGUAACACAUGGAACAGGCAGAGGCCCAGAAAGUUCCAGCUUCUAAAUGACCUAACUUGUCUUUCUGAGUGACGGGCACUACAUCUGCAUAUUCAAAUAAGUAAAUAAAUAAGACGAUAAAAUGUGGUGGUGUGUGCACACUGUCCUAGCACUCAGCAGCUGAGGCAGAAGGAUGCCAAGAUCAAAGCCAGCUUGGGCUACAAAGCAAGACCCUGUUGUUUUGUUUUGUUUUUAAAUGUGAGAUAUUCUCAUUUUGUACAUUUAAAAAUAUCUAGCUUAACAUUAAAAUUAAAUGUUAAGGACAUUUAACUUUAUGAAACUUUAUUUUACUGUAUUAUAAAUGUUAAUCUUUUAAGACUGAUGCUGUAGAACCGAUUCUUUUUUAAUGUUAUAUCAAUGCAUAGAUGCAUUAAAAUGUCAAUUACCUGCUA